GGAAUUACAAUUGGCUACCACUGACUGAAUCAAACCAAUCGCAAAACGUUUUAUUCUGACGUCGGGCUCUUCGAAUGUGUCUAUCUUGCUGUUGGCGCUGUUCAAGAUUUGCCCAACAGUUUGAGUCCAAAACUCUUCGAUGCGAUGGGUGUAUUGAAUGCUCUUCGACGGGGCAUUGUGAGAGGAGCUGAUCGUAUGGCUGAAUUCACCAGCAAACGUGGCUCAAGGACUCACUACAAAGGCAGAGGGGCACAGCCAACAGGAGUACUAACCUCCAGCAGAAAAUAUGUUCCAGUACAGGCAAUGAUCCCCCAGUUUGUGGUGCCUGACUUGGAGGGAUUCAGACUCAAGCCCUACGUGUCGUACCGCACCCCGGUUGGAACGGAGCCCGCUGUCACCCCUGAGGGUCUGUUCUCCGAGGCUGUGGCCCAGCAGAUCCAGAAAGACUUUGAGGAAGGCUCAUUUGAUAAGGAACAGCUUGAGAAAUACGGAUUUGAGCCCACGCAGGAGGGAAAGUUAUUCAAACUAUACCCAAAGAACUUUAUACAAUAAAAAGGCCACCCAAUCUGAUCUAUCUGGAACUCUGACUUAGUAUCAAGGAUCGUUAACUAAUUUUGUUUGUGUUGGGAGGUCAAGUAGUUGCUAACCAUUUGAGACCGCUGAGCUGAUCAUAUGUUACUGGACCGUGGUGUAUUGUGAAUGUGCUUGCUGAAAGUACUAGUAUGUGGUAUUCUAAUUAAAAACAAAUGUAUUAUA